UGAGAAACGAACCCUCAAGACGAACCCGGGUUCGUUAUGGAACCUUCAUUCUGAACCUUCACGAUAACAAAAAAAAAGCUCUUGAUUUGGAGCCUCUCUCUUCUUCCUCGGAACGAACCUAUUACCUCCCAUCCCCCAGACACUACAUAACCCCCUACGGGCUUAGUGCUUCCUCGUGGAAGAUAAAAUACGGAAUGGAACAAGGUGUCGAUUCGGCGUCGACCAAUGAGAGGAAUCAAUUUGCCAGCUGCGCGGUGAUAGGUGGAAGAAUUUUGUAAGCGGCGUUGUGAUUGGCGGAGACGCCAGGGAGCCGAAGCAGCUUCAGAGUGUAAACAAAGAGGAAAGAGGACAUUUUCCUCGAUAUUUUUGGCUUAUUUGAUGGCCAUAUUGGCGCCAGGUCAUGGGAGAUGUGACCAGAAGUGUGUCACGAGAGGUCACAGAUGGCCGAUGUGUUAAGAAAAUUAAGAAAAAAAUUAUUUGCUAAUACUGUUUGGUUUUUAAAGUAUUUAAUAUUUGUUUGUUGUUAUUUUAGAAUAUAGUUAGCAAGAAUCCAAAAUGGCGCCGAAAACGGCAGCUGAAAGAUCAAAAAUUUACCGAAAUCGGAAAAAAGCUCCGAGUGAUAAGUUCAAGAAGAAAGUGGAAAGAAUUAGAAGAUUUAGCACCUGUGUCGCGGGAACGAAGAAAGUGAAACACCGAGAGAAACUGACUCUUAGAGGGAGAGAAACUUGUGCAAAACUUGAAGCUGCGGGUGUUAAAGCUGAGGCUUCACGUGUCAAAGCUUUAGCUGCACAUGUCAAGCCUGAAGCUGCACGUGUCAAACCUGAAGCUGCACGUGUCAAGGCUCAAGCUGUACAUGUGAAACCUGCAGCUGCGCGUGUCAAAGCUGAAGCUGCGCGUGUCAAAACUAAAGCUGCGGCUGUCAAACCUAAAGCUGCACGUGUCAAACCUGAAGCUGCGCGUGUCAAAACUGAAGCUGCGCGUGUCAAAACUAAAGCUGCGUGUGUCAAACCUAAAGCUGCACGUGUCAAACCUGAAGCUGCGUGUGUCAAAACUGAAGCUGCGCGUGUCAAAACUGAAGCUGCGCGUGUCAAAACUAAAGCUGUGCGUGUCAAAACUAAAGCUGCGGCUGUCAAAACUGAAGCUGCGCGUGUCAAAACUAAAGCUGCGCGUGUCAAACCUGAAACUGCGCGUGUCAAACCUGAAGCUGCGCGUGUCAAAACUAAAGCUGCGAGUGUCAAACCUGAAGCUGCGCGUGUCAAAACUAAAGCUGCGAGUGUCAAACCUGAAGCUGUGCAUGUCAAAGCUAAAGCUGGGUUAUUCCUUCCCAACAAAGCAGAAGGAAAAACUGGAUCAAGCUCUGGGAACCCAGCACUACAGCCUCAAGGUGAGUACAUUGCACCCAGCUUUGAAGCUUGCAACCUGGCAGUACAGUGGACCCCCGGUUAAUGAUAUUUUUUCACUCCAGAAGUAUGUUCAGGUGCCAAUACUGACCGAAUUUGUUCCCAUAAGGAAUAUUGUGAAGUAGAUUAGUCCAUUUCAGACCCCCAAACAUACACGUACAAACGCACUUACAUAAAUACACUUACAUAAUUGGUCGCAUUCGGAGGUGAUCGU